AUGUUAAAAGCGGCAUCAGUUAAGGUGCCUUGCAUUUUUUUUCGGUAUAUUGCAGGAGCUGCAGAAAAGUCAGUAAAGCACGGUGCAGAGGAUCGCACUCAGAGCAUCAAACAGGCGAUGUCGUCGUUGAUGCGUCAACGCAUUCGCAACAAGCCGGAACUCUUCGAUCUUGUAGGUAAGGUCUUCAAAGCCGAGGAUGCGCACAAGCAGAACCUCCAACAGGCCCAGAAAAGCAUCCUCGAUGGUACCAGUCAGUGGUCUGCUAAAAUUGCCAUCACAGGUGGGCUUUCGAUUUCCUAA